GUGCAACCCGCGAUCCUGCCUUUUUCACCGACAUGGGUUUCCAGAAUAAGCCCAUUAUCAUUGACGGCAGAGGACAUCUGUUGGGUCGUCUGGCUGCAGUUGUGGCCAAGACCAUCCUCCAAGGACAAAGAGUUGUUGUUGUGCGAUGUGAGGGCAUCAACAUUUCUGGAAACUUCUACAGAAACAAAUUGAAGUACCUGAACUACCUGAGGAAGAGGUGUAAUGUAAACCCAGCUCGUGGCUCCUUCCACUUCCGUGCCCCCAGCAAAGUCUUCUUCAAGGCUGUCAAGGGUAUGGUGCCACACAAACUAUUCAGAGGAAAGGAAGCGUUGGCUAGACUGAAGGUGUUUGAAGGAAUCCCGGCACCUUAUGAUAAACAGAAGCGCCUUGUGGUACCAUCAGCCCUGAGAGUUAUCCGGCUCGAUCCCUGCAGGAAGUACUGUACUCUGAACAGACUUUCUCAUGAGGUGGGAUGGAAAUACCAGAAAGUAAUUGGCACUUUGGAAGAAAGACGGAAGGUGAAAUCAAAGCGUUUCUAUGAAAGGAAGAAACAGGAACUGCACCUUCGUCAACAGGCAAAGGAGAAUGCACAGCCCAAAAUCGCUGAGUUCCAGAAAGUUAUCGAGGGCUAUGGUUACAGUUAAACAUUUCCUGUAAAGACUCACACAAUCUGAAUGAAGAAAAAAAAAUCAUGCAA